AUGAUUGGAGAACGAACUUCAUUUAAUGUAGAUGUUGGUACAAUUUCAAUUGAAGAUACUGAUGCCAUCAAUGGAUUUUUUGGAAGCCGACCAAAGAGUAUUCAUUGGCUUGAACGUACAUUUCUAUUUCUUGGUAUAUUAGCUGGACUUCUUAUGUAUGGAUUUACGAUUGCUCGUCUCGUCAAAGUAAAUUCUUGGAAUCAUCCAGAUACUCCUUAUGGUAUUCUUAUUCUUGUUCAUUCAAUAUUUCUUAUUAUAUUUUUAAUAACUGGCAUUUUCUAUCAACGUAUAACCGAUAUCGUUGCCUUUCUUCUCGGUGAUGUUUUGUUAACUAUUUAUUCUAUUGCAUAUUUUUUAGCUCGAAGACAUAGUAAUGAAGCACAAAUUGUUCUAAUAUCAUCAGUAUUAAUUAAUCUAUAUGAUUAUACUGGUUAUCCAACAGCAGAUCUAGUUUUGCUUAUUAUUGGUAUUCCUACAGCCUUAUUAUGGUUAUUUCUUGGCAUCAGUAUGACUCGUUUAGAAAGUUUGAAAUUAUUUUAUGUAUUCAUUGCAAGUUCAUUUUUUCAAUUGGGUUUUUUAAUUUUUAGUCUUACUACAGGAGUUAAAUAUUCAGAAGACAUAUCUCAUGAAUCAACAAUCUCUACAACAACAUCGGCAACAACUCCGAAUCUAUUACCUAUUCCUCCAAUGCUUUAUGCAUGCAUAUCGUUUAAUUUUAUUUCACAUUUAUCAUCCAUUGGUCUUGGAUUUCGGUUACAAAUGCAGAACAAGAAUAAUACCUAUUUAACUCUUUAA